AUGGCAGAAAAUAACGCGAAGUGGUUGGAUGCAUCCUAUUAUCAAAAUAUACCGAAUUCAGAAGUGAAUUGGGCGCAAUUAGCACAAAAAUGGAUGCAAAUGCGCGAUGCCGGAGAAGUUCCUCCAGUAACAUCUGAUGAUUCUAUACCGCCACCACCAAGCAAGGAGCCGCCACCACCGCAUCCGCCACCGGCACCCGAUGGACUACCGGUAAAUGGGUCUUUUUUGCCACCUGGUGGGUAUUUGCCUACUAUGCCUGUUGAUGCUAAUUUUGCUGCACCAUCGCCUUGUUGGAUACCACCCUUACCGCCAAGUAAUUUCGGACCUCCAGCUGCCGGCGCAUUUCCUCCUUUUAUGCCACCAGUUCCGCCAUGGAUGGGCGCCACACCGAUGCCACCUGGUCCCUUUCCGCCAGCGCCUCCUUACGGUGAAGCAAAGCUAGGAAUUGACGAUGAGGAAGGGGGUGAGUAUUCACAUUAUUAUAAAGAAUGGGACGAGAAACAGAAAAGUGGUAGGCGUGAUAAUGAUUCGGAUGACUCAGAAACAGUUCCAGAAGGUGCUAUGGCUCAUUGGCUUAAGCCAGGUCCUGGUUGGGCGCCACCACCAAAUUGGUAUCAUCCUUCACGUCGUGAUUCACCUUCAAACUCUCAUCCUUUGCCUUUCAUCGAUCAGCAGACACGAAAAGCUUUACCAGCCUGGAUCCGUGAAGGUUUAGAAAAAGCUGAGCAAGAAAGGCAAAAAAAACAAACUAAAGAAGCCAAGUUACGAGCUGCUGAAGAAGCAGCAAAAGCUCGUCGUGCUGCUAAAGGAUUGGGAAAAUUUGAUUCUGAUAGUAGCGAAGACGAGAACGGGAACGAAGAUGCAAAAGAAAGAGCCAAACUUGAUCAAGAACCAGUGUUCCUCCAGAAAAAGAAAUUAGAGAAGCAACAGGAACAGCCGUCUAAGGACACAACGGAAAUUGAUUGUAGAACCGAAGAAGAGACACGAGAAGAUGCACUGAUGCUUUUGCGACGUUUCAUGACUGAAAUUUUGCUGGAAACAACGGAUGAUGAGUUGAAUCGUAUUGCUAGGGAACACAUUGAACUUGCUAAACGUUCUGCCCAGCCAAAAGUUCUCGCCCAAAGCUCGGCUCUCGCCGCUUUGUGUACACUUGGUGCUGAAAGCGAUGAUGAAUCGAGCGAAGAAACUGAUAUGAAGCAGUCGGACGAAUCCAAUAGUAAUACGAAAGGCGAAGAAUUCUCGAAGUCAAAUAUUAUUGGUGAUGGUAAUGAAGGUAGCAAUGAGGAUGAUGCUUUGUUCAGUGUGCCACUUCUUCCAGUACUAUCAUCGGGUGCUAAGAGUAAGGCCAAGUUAAGUAGCAAUGAUGGAUUCUCUUCUACAGAAUCCUCCCAAGGUGUUGAAAAGAAAAAAACUGCUGUCCAGGAAAAGAAGAAUGGCGAUGAUGCGUCGUCACGUGUUGCGAUUACGAAGAAUGAAAUUGAUGCAUACAAGGAAAUAGAUGAAAAGAAAUUAGGCUCCAAUAUUGAUGAAGGCAAUAAAAGAGACAAGAAGGAAAAGCAUGCUAGCGAGUCAAAGAAGCAACAACAACGGAAGAAAUCACGAAGUAAGGAGCGUCUAAAGAAACGACGACGUGGUAGGAGUAGGGAAGAUUCGACGAAAAAAGGCACUGGCCAUGCAUCGGAUAGUGAUAGAAGUGAAUCCCAAACUCCCGAACGUUAUCGUCGAAGGUCAAGCAGUGGAGAGUCUUAUCACAAACGACGUCGUUCAAGAAGUCACAAAAGGUUGAGAUCACGCUCUCGAUCACGUACUAAAAGAAGCCGAAGGUUUGAGGAACGGCAUAAUUCACGUUCACGAAGCCGUGAAAGGAGACGAUCAGACGAAAGACAUCACCGAGACAGGUAUUCCAGAAGAUCACAUUCAUAA